AUGGCCGCGCCCACCAGUGAAGAACCGAUCGACUUCCACCACCCUUACACCCCCUACCCGGUCCAGCUAGAGUUCAUGCGCACGGUCUAUGAUGUUCUGGAGAGAGGGAACGGCCAGGUCGGGAUUUUGGAAUCGCCUACUGGUACAGGGAAGUCGCUUUCGCUUAUCUGCUCUGCGAUCACCUGGUUGAGGAACCACAAGAGGAAGGGGCUUGAUGCUGGGUUGGAUGAGACGAAAAGGCAGAUGGUGGGGGAGCCGGAGUGGAUGGUGGAGACUACCCUGAGAAGGAAGAGGGAGGAGUUGGUGGGGAAGUGGGAGGAGCGGGAGGAGAGGUUGGAGAGGCUGAGGAGGAAGGAAAAAGAGUUGGAGGAGAGGGGGAGGGAGAGGAAACGGGUUAGGGUUGAGGAGGGACAGAUGGGGGGGAGGAAAGAGGUGGAUGAGGAGGAGGAGUUUUUGGUGAUGGUGGGGGGUGAUGAGGAUGAGAGGGAUGAAGAGGGGCUGAGUAGGGAGACGAGGGAGAUGAUGGUUAAGGUUGGGCUGGGGAGGUGGAAGAAAGAGGAGGAGGAGAGGGAUGGGGACGAGGGAGAUGGGGAGGGGAUAAAGUGGCAGAUCUAUUACACGUCGAGGACGCAUUCACAGCUGACGCAGUUUAUUUCUGAGUUACGGCGGCCGGAGUUUCCACCAUCGCUGCCGGUAGAAAUACUCGAGAAAGAUGGAAAAGAAGAGACGAAAGAGACAGUCAAAGAAAUCACACUAUCUUCUCGGCAAAAGCUGUGCAUCAACCCAACUGUUGCCCGUCUGGGUUCUGUUUCAGCAAUCAACGACCGGUGCACAGAGCUUCAGCAGUCAAAAUCCAAAGAGAAAUGCGCGUUUAUGCCCAACACGGAAAAUUUAAAGCAAACCCACCAGUUCAGGGAUACCACCUUGGCCACGGUGCCAGAUAUCGAGGACAUGUACAGGAUAGGGAAACAGCUGCAGGUUUGCCCUUACUAUGCGUCCCGGACCGCCAUACCAGGUGCUGAGAUUAUCACUCUGCCGUAUCCGCUGCUGCUGCAAAAGAACGCAAGAGAGGCGCUGGGGAUCGAGCUGGAAGGGAGUGUCGUGAUUAUUGAUGAAGCCCACAAUAUCAUGGACGCUGUGGCGAAUGUGUAUGCCGCCGACAUCCGGCUGAGCGAGCUAAGGAGAGGCAGGCAAAUGUUGGGUGUUUACGUCAAGAGGUUUGGCAAGAAGUUGAAAGGCGAGAACAGAGUCAUGGUGGCCCAGAUAGGCAAGGUGGUGGAAUCCCUCAAGAACUGGUUGGAAACGCAGUUGCAGGUCAAGAGCGACCAAGGAAUCGCCGACCCAAACUCGCUCCUGAAAAGCCGCGGCGCCGACCAAAUCAACCUCUACACCCUAAUGAAAUACAUUCAAGAUUCCAAACUCGCCUACAAAGUCGAAAGCUACAUCGCUCAUGCCGAAGACUCCCAGGACAGCUCACCAAAAUCGUCCACCCCCGUCCUCCACACCUUGGUGUCCUUCCUAGCAGCGCUCACAAACCUCAGCACCGAAGGUCGAAUCUUUUACGAAAAGCUUCCAGGCGACAACCCCGACAUCAAGCUUUCUUACUUGUUGCUCUCCCCCACGCACGCCUUCUCGUCCAUCGCCUCGUCCGCCAGAGCGGUUAUCUUAGCCGGCGGCACCAUGUCCCCGUUUGAAGACUACAAAGCCCACUUGUUCCCCGAGCUGCCGGGUGGUAAGCUGACCACCCUGAGCUGUGGGCAUGUCAUACCCGAGACAAACUUGUUUGUGCACACUCUGGCGUCUUACAAACCUGGCGGGUUGGACACGUUUGAGUUUAGCUUUGGGAAGAGGUCGGACAAGACCAUGAUCAAGAACUUGGGGUUGGUGCUGUUGAAUAUUUGUUCUGUGGCGCCGGAUGGGGUGGUGGUUUUCUUUCCUAGCUACGGGUAUCUAGAUGAGGUGGUGGGUGUUUGGCAGCAGGGGGAGGGGGGAGGGAAGUCGAUUUGGGAGAGGUUGGAGGCGAAGAAACCGCUUUUUCGGGAUGUGUCGUCGUCGACGGGUGGGGGUGCUUCUUCGACGGAUGAUAUUUUGGGUCGGUAUUCUACCGCUGUCGAUGCCCCGGAUAGACCGCACAGAGGGGCGGUGCUGUUUUCCGUUAUUGGGGGGAGGUUAUCAGAGGGGAUCAAUUUCUCUGAUGCGCUGUGUCGGUUGGUGUUGACUGUUGGGUUGCCGUAUCCGAAUUUACACUCGCCCGAGUGGAAGGCUAGGAUUGAGUAUUUGGAGAGCACGUGUAUUGCUAGAGGAGGAAGCAAGGAAGAGGCAAAGGUGGAAGCCAGGGAAUUUUACGAAAAUGCGGCCAUGAGGGCGGUGAAUCAGAGUAUUGGACGAGCUGUGAGGCAUAGGGGGGAUUGGAGCGGGAUUGUGCUUGUUGAUCGGAGAUAUGGGAUGGAGAGGGUGAGGGGCAAGUUACCGGGGUGGAUUAGGAAUGGGAUGAAAGGGGAGGGAAUGGAUAACAGAGGGGUGGCGGGGUUGAUGGGAGGGUUGGGGGCUUUUUUCAGGGGAAAGGCUUGA